AUGGGUUUGCCUUGGUAUCGUGUUCAUACUGUCGUAUUGAAUGAUCCCGGUCGAUUGCUUUCUGUCCAUAUAAUGCAUACAGCUCUAGUUUCUGGUUGGGCCGGUUCGAUGGCUCUAUACGAAUUAGCGGUUUUUGAUCCCUCUGACCCUGUUCUUGAUCCAAUGUGGAGACAAGGUAUGUUCGUUAUACCCUUCAUGACUCGUUUAGGAAUAACCAAUUCGUGGGGUGGUUGGAGUAUUUCAGGAGGAACUAUAACGAAUCCGGGUAUUUGGAGUUAUGAAGGUGUCGCAGGGGCACAUAUUGUGUUUUCUGGCUUGUGCUUCUUGGCAGCUAUCUGGCAUUGGGUGUAUUGGGAUCUAGAAAUAUUCUGUGAUGAGCGUACGGGAAAACCUUCUUUGGAUUUGCCGAAGAUCUUUGGAAUUCAUUUAUUUCUCUCAGGGGUGGCUUGCUUUGGCUUUGGCGCAUUUCAUGUAACAGGUUUGUAUGGUCCUGGAAUAUGGGUGUCCGAUCCUUAUGGACUAACUGGAAAAGUACAAUCUGUAAAUCCAGCGUGGGGCGCGGAAGGUUUUGAUCCUUUUGUUCCGGGAGGAAUAGCCUCUCAUCAUAUUGCAGCGGGUACAUUAGGCAUAUUAGCAGGUCUAUUCCAUCUUAGUGUCCGUCCGCCUCAACGUCUAUACAAAGGAUUACGUAUGGGAAAUAUUGAAACUGUACUUUCUAGUAGUAUCGCUGCUGUUUUUUUUGCAGCUUUCGUUGUUGCUGGAACUAUGUGGUAUGGUUCAGCAACUACCCCAAUCGAAUUAUUUGGUCCCACUCGUUAUCAGUGGGAUCAGGGAUACUUUCAGCAAGAAAUAUAUCGAAGAGUUAGCGCCGGACUAGCCGAAAAUCUGAGUUUAUCGGAAGCUUGGUCUAAAAUUCCCGAAAAAUUAGCUUUUUAUGAUUACAUUGGUAAUAAUCCGGCAAAAGGGGGAUUAUUCAGAGCAGGCUCAAUGGACAACGGGGAUGGAAUAGCUGUUGGAUGGUUAGGACACCCCGUCUUUAGAGAUAAAGAAGGGCGCGAGCUUUUUGUACGUCGUAUGCCUACUUUUUUUGAAACAUUUCCGGUAGUUUUAGUAGAUGGAGACGGAAUUGUGAGAGCCGAUGUUCCUUUUAGAAGGGCAGAAUCAAAGUAUAGUGUUGAACAAGUAGGUGUAACUGUCGAGUUCUAUGGUGGCGAACUCAAUGGAGUUAGUUAUAGUGAUCCUGCUACUGUAAAAAAAUACGCUAGACGUGCCCAAUUAGGUGAAAUUUUUGAAUUAGAUCGGGCUACUUUGAAAUCCGAUGGUGUUUUUCGUAGCAGUCCAAGGGGUUGGUUCACUUUUGGGCAUGCUACGUUUGCUUUGCUCUUCUUUUUUGGACACAUUUGGCAUGGCGCUAGAACCUUGUUCAGAGAUGUUUUUGCUGGUAUUGAUCCAGAUUUGGAUGCUCAAGUAGAAUUUGGAACAUUUCAAAAAAUUGGGGAUCCAACUACAAGGAGACAAGUAGUCUGA